UCCCCGCCCUUCCCGCCGUCGCCGUGUGUCAGUCUGCUGCGAUGCGCGAGCGCUGAGCGCGUGCCAGCUUUUUCUUUUUAGGCCCGGGCGACUCGGGAGCGACACAUGGGGAGUAAAUAGGCACAAUGUCUCAGGGAAGGUCGUCACCGCCGCCAGGUGAUGCGGAGAACCUGCGGAAAAGGUCCGUGGACAAAGCGCCAGACAGUUGUGUCGAUCAGGAACAGGGGUUUCCACGGCGACAGUCUCAACCUGAGCGGCUCUGCGUUGGCAGCCAGCAUUCAGAGAUGGGCCCAGCCGAGACGCCGCCUCCGGAUGCCUCUGCUCACCACUUCUGUCACCACACUCCAAAAAGUUCCACCGCGGUGUCUCACAGAGACAAUGGCACUGAUGCUGAACACCACCACCACCAGUUUCCACGGCGACAGUCUCAACCUGAGCGGCUCUGUGUUGGUGCCCAUCAUCCAGAGAUAGGCCCAGCGGAGACACCGCCUCCAGAUGCUGCAGCUCACCACUUUUGCCACAAUGCAGCCAAAUGUUUCCUCACGGUUCCUCACAGAGGAGGACAUUGCACCUCAGUCUGGUCUACUUCGUCUCGGUACGGAGACGACGCUUGGCACGAAGGAACCACAAAGACCACAGUCAGAGUUGACAAUGAAGUGGAGGCGCACAGGGAAGCCAACAACUACAAGUUUGGCUUCAGGAAGUGGAAGGGAAACGUUACAGAGAAGCCUAUUGAAGAACAAUCCGACAUCAUCAAAGAGCUGCACUCCGACCUUAGUCUUGUUAAGCCCCAUGAAGGCUCAGUAGUAACCUUUGGGAACAUAGUUUAUGUCUGUUUAUUUGGAUGGUGGAUAUCUUUAAUCUACUUCCUCCUGUGUCCUGUGAUGUACCUGACGAUCUUCGGCGCCCCCUAUGGGAAACUUUGUUUCAGGAUGUCAUGGUACUUUAUUUGGCCAUUUGGGAAAAUAGUAGAGAAGGCUGGUGGUCUAGUGAUGAAAUCUGCCAAUCCUUCCAAAUACGAGGUCAUCCCUGAAGCUGAGGACACUGACGACUGCAAGGAGACUGCUCCCCUCAUGGUGUCUUCUCCAAUGCACCCCUCCCGUGUUGAGAUUCCGGUCUCAGAGCUGCCAUCUAGAAAAACCUCAAACCACUGGUGUCGCAUCAGUACUUAUGUUUGGCUGUUACUGGGUUACCCGGUUCUGGUCUUGGUCCACUGCCUGGUCUGUGUUCUGUCCUGGCUGCUGGUCUUCAGCGUCCCUGUAGCCAAGGUGAACGCUCGCACACUGGUCACCGUCCUCCUCAUGGCCCCAGAAGACGUGCACAUCCACAGAGUGGAGAAGACAUCUGGAUGUAAGACCAGAGUCAUCCUAUGCUGUUACCAAGCAUUUAACUGGUAUUACUACAAAUACGCUGUCCAUGGAAUCAACAUUUUUGGCCUCAACCUGCUUCCCUUGGUAUUGGCCAGUCUGGUUAUUGGUUAUACUGACUCUGAGCACCAAUACUUGAGUCCUGAGAUGAAGUUUGCUACAGCCAUCACUUCCAUCAUCCCUCUGUCCUACUAUAUUGGCAUGGGAAUAGCAAGCAUUUCUGCACAGAGUAACUUUGCACUAGGAGCAGUGGUGAACGCGACGUUCGGCUCCAUCACUGAGCUGACGUUCUACAUCACGGCCCUGCUGCAGGGACAACGUGUCGGCAACAAAUGCUACGAAGAACUUGUGAAGUCAGCACUCACUGGAACCUUGCUGGGGUGUAUAUUGUUCGUACCCGGUGUCUGUAUGGUCGUUGGGGGGAUCAAACACAGGGAGCAGCAGUUUAACAGUCGUUCAGCUGGAGUAAGCUCAGCUUUGCUUUUCAUAUCCAUAGGGGGUGUGUUUGCUCCCACCCUCUUCUCUAAGACCUUUGGUAAUUUUGUGUGUGAAAGCUGCACCAAUGUCUCGGACAACGGCACCGUACCCUUCAUCUGCAGAGGCUGUCACUACGACAUGAGUCAAAGUGACCCACAUUUGGUUCUGUCCCACAUUGAGCCUCUGGUGUACACAAUCUCUGUGCUGCUGCCGGCUGCGUAUUUGAUUGGCCUCAUCUUCACGCUGAAGACCCACUCGCACAUUUACGAUAUCCAAAUCAGCGACGAGCACGGCCACCACUCGCAUGGUCACCACGUGGUCCACUGGUCCCGCUGGAGGGCACUUGGAGUGCUGAUUGUUGCCACGGUGCUCAUGGCCUGCUGCGCUGACCUCAGCACAACCAACAUUGAACCCAUGUUGAGCAACUACUCCAUCUCACAGUAUUUCAUAGGCGUCACAGUGCUGGCUAUGGUGCCAGAGCUUCCUGAGAUUGUCAAUGGGAUCCAGUUUGCCCUGCAGAACAACAUCAGCCUGAGCCUUGAAGUGGGCAGUUGCAUUGCUGUGCAGGUCUGCAUGAUCCAGAUUCCUUUGCUCAUCCUCUUCAACAUAUUCUUUGAUGUUGGAUUUGUGCUUGUAUUCAGUGAUAUUCACCUCUGGGCGAGUAUUUUCAGCGUCAUUUUGGUCAACUACAUCUUCAUGGAUGGAAAAUGUGACUAUUUUCAGGGAACUGCUCUAGUGGUGGUGUACCUCAUCCUUUUGGCCCUUUACUUCUUUGCUCCUUCUCCGAAGUCUUGUUGAUUUGACGUUCCCCAAGAGCAAACACACUGUUCGUUCAUCUGUAGUCUGUUAGAGUUCAGUGGCGCAAAAGACGGAUAAAGUUUGAAUUGUCACACCUGAGAUGUAAUUACACUGGAUGGUGUCUGGUGUGUAUGAAGGUUUACUCAGGUCUGACUCUUAGUCUAGUAGUGCUUGCAUUCAAAUGUAAAUCAUGUUGGACAAAAUUUCAUCAAUUUACGAAUAAACGUAAAAGCAAAUGCUGCACCGCCUA